AUGGUGCUCAUCAGUGCUUGGCUGAACACUAGCAAGGAUGCAGUUACUUCGAAUCAGCAAAAAGGCAAUACCUUUUCGUCACGCAUUGCAAAAUAUUAUGCUGAUAGUCCUAAGCUAGCUGGUAUAGAUAAGAGAGAGCCCCUUCACUGUAAGGGAAGGUGGCAGAAGAUCAACAAUCAUGUUAGCAAGUUUGUUGGGAGCUAUCAUGCGGCAACAAAAGAGAGGUCAAGUGGCCAGAGUGAAGAUGAUGUCAUGAAAAUGGCUUACCAGAUAUUCGCCAACGAUUACAAGAUAAAGUUCACUCUUGAGCAUGCUUGGAGGGAGCUUCGACAUGAUCAGAAAUGGUGUCUCUCUUAUGCCACGAAAGGUGAUGGAUCAUCAAAGAGAAGAAAGUUUGAUGAUCAGACUUCAAGCUCCGUGCCAGUUAUGGGCGCUGAGGAGGAUGAAGCUCGACCUCCUGGAAUUAAGGCAGCAAAGGCCAAAGGUAAAAGACAUGUGAGUAAACCAACGUCUAGUCAAGCAGCUGUUGCUUCUAGUGAAGGGUUUGACAGCAUGUGGGAUAUAAGGCAAAAGGACUAUGCAUUGAAAGAGAAGCAAAGCUUGCGUAAAGAGAAGAUUGUCAAGCAUAAAAUGCUUAAGUUCAUCGCAAAACAGAGCCACUUACUGAACAAGAAAUGGCUUUGA